AUGGACAUCGCCCUCGAAGUCUGGGACACCUUUAUUGGUGACCGCUUAUACGCCGCACUUCUCCCCGUCUCCCUUUCGUCCUCAGCCUCGUUUCCUGGCUUCAAUCAUGCGGCUAAUAGCAGUCUGUCCUUCUUCGGCGCAUCCCAGCCCUUCAUCUACGAACCGGCCACACACCUGAUCUAUCUGGAACCCUCGAAGUACGCGUACAUGAGUGCUUGGCCUAGGAACAAUAUCUACCGCCAAUUUCUGAGUUUCUUCUUGAUUGUCUGGAUAUUCGGCCUUAUCACAUAUUUCAUAUCUGCAACACUAUCUUAUAUUUUUAUCUGGGAUAAGACUACUGUCAAACACCCGAAGUUCCUCAAAAACCAAAUUCCCAUGGAGAUUGCACAGACCAUGGGAUCUAUGCCCAUUAUGUCACUUUUGACUGCCCCCUUUUUGGUCGCCGAGGUCCGGGGUUAUGCCAAGUUGUACGAUGGUUUCUCCGACGAGCCUUUUCCGUACUACAGCAUUAUACAGUUCCCGCUGUUCAUUGCAUUCACCGAUUUCUGCAUAUACUGGAUCCACCGCGGCUUACACCAUCCGUUGAUCUAUAAGUCUCUACAUAAGCCGCACCAUAAGUGGAUUAUGCCCAGCCCAUUCGCCUCGCAUGCCUUCCAUCCGCUGGAUGGAUGGUCUCAGAGUGUCCCAUACCACGUAUUUCCGUUUAUCUUUCCACUUCAGAAGGUCGCCUAUGUUUUUCUCUUCGGAUUUAUCAACCUCUGGACCGUAUUGAUCCAUGACGGCGAAUAUGUUGCCAACAGCCCGGUUAUCAAUGGAGCUGCCUGCCACACAAUGCACCAUCUCUACUUCAACUAUAAUUAUGGGCAAUUUACCACACUAUGGGAUCGAUUGGGAGGGAGUUAUCGAAAACCAAACGAGGAACUUUUCCGCCGUGAGACAAAGAUGGACAAGGAGGAAUGGAAGAAACAAACCAAAGAGAUGGAGUCUAUCCUCAAGCACGUCGAGGGAGACGAUGAUCGCAAAUACCUAGUCGAAGACGAGUCCAAGAAGGACCUGUGA